CUUUAUCGUUGUUUGAUCAUUGUCAACAUAUCAACUGAACUGAACCGCAGUCCCGUAUAAACUGCUUUCACUCAUCGGUCAACCAACCGCUUCAAAUCCAAAAUGUCCGGCCAAGCUUCUUCAAGCAACAUCAACAACUCAACAAACUCCUACUCCUCCUCCCCUUCCUCCAACAACAGCACCAGCAGCAACUCUAUCAACUACUCCGCCUACAAAGACACGUACGGCUCCGCCAACGGAAACACCCCGAUGGAUCGGUACAAGGAGCAGAGCCGCUAUGACGAAGGGUGGAACUCGCACCACGUUACUAGCGGUGGGAGUGGUGGGGGUUAUGGAGGUGGGUAUGGGAAGAAGUAGGGUACCUAGAUACCUGGUAGUAAAUCGCAGGAUGGAUGAAGUGGAGGAAUGGAGCACAGGGGGAACUGGAACGGUCGAAGGGGGUAGUGAUGUAGGGCUGGUUUUAUUCAAAUUUGGUCCUGGUCUGGUGGUAUGGAAAUGGCGGGGGCAAGAGGAGAGUGGGCGGCUUUCGUGGUUGGUGAAGUGGAGGAAUGGAUGGAGAGAGAGAUGAUGGGAUUGAGGUGGAGGCCGAGGCUGAGGCUGGAUCUCGCUUCGCGUAGGUACCUUACCCUUUAUGUCCUCUUUGGUUUCGAGUAGGAUGAGGUGGGCAGGAGGCUCAUCGGCAUGAUCUGGGGAUCAUGAUCUAGUUUGGUUCGGUAACAUGUUCCUUUGUUCGAUGGGUUUGGGAUGGCUUGGGUUUUGUGGAUUUCGGGUGUUGGUGGUGUUUAUGCUGUUUGGUCUUGGUUAUUCUUUUAUCUCUCAUGCUUGUCGGACAUUUGGUUGCGUUGGUACUGUUUUUGGGCGUUCAAUUGGAUGAAACGCCGGUUGCUCAACCCUAUUUGUUAGGUUCCUCUUGUUCAGUUAUAACUAUUUCCUCUUUCCACGAG